GUUUGAUGGCGCACUCGGUUACCAUGGCUCUCGGGACAAAGACAGUGGUCACAGCUCUUGUAGGCGCCGCACUGAUUGCAGCAGUAGUUCUCUAUACUGCACAGGAUCAAAUUGGAUACACGAACAACCAAAUCAGUGAAAUGAUUUCAAGUGAAGUGACAUCGCGGAUGGAAGAUGGCCACCCUCAAGAUGACGAGGACGCUUUAAAGAUUACGAAGUGGUGGCAAGCGUCAUCCCUUUUGAAGUGGGACUGGGAGAAACCCCCGGAGUACAUGUGCAGUGAGAUUGAGAAGAGGGGCAACUGGCACGUAUGUAACGACACAACCUUUGAGGUCAAGCCACCAUGUCUAGUCUACUCCUUUGGGAUUUCAAAUGACUGGUCGUUUGAUGAUGCAAUGGGGGCUAUUGGCUGUGAAGUUCAUUCUUUUGACCCAAGCAUUGGAAAAAAGUCCUUCAACAGAAGCAAGAACGUCCACUUCCAUGACCUGGGCCUCUCAGGGAAGGAUAGUGAUACGUAUGUUCCUACUAAGGAUACAUACGUCAAAAAGACAACAACGUGGAAGAUCAGACGCCUCAAGACUAUCAUGGAUAUGCUUGGACAUACAAAUCGACAUAUCGAUGUUUUGAAGAUAGACAUUGAAACAAGCGAAUGGCCGGCAGUGAAGGACAUGGCGGCAUCUGGAAUGUUCUCCAAAGUCAGACAAUUUUCUGUAGAGUGGCAUCUGUUUCCAACAUAUCCAAGUAGAUCGGAAUACGUAGGCAUUUAUGUAGGUGUCAUGGCCAUGAAGAAGCAAGGAUUACGCACGUUUAGAUACAGUUUUCACGGACGAGACUUCCGAGAAAAGACCUUCCGUUUGCAGGCAGAUGUUAACUACGUAAAUACCUUAUAUAAAAGCAUUUGAAGGUCACAAACAGUUGCCAAAACGAGAGUUCUACCUCAUUUCCGGGCAGUGCUAACCAUGUGGGCGACAUGUUCCUUCCGGCGAUAUCGACCCUGCUACGCUGAUGACGUCACAGGGGAAUCGCGCAUAAACGGUAGCCAGCUUCCCGUAUAUAUAUAUUACAAUAUUAUAUCUGACCAUGACUUACACACUUUAAAUAUGAAAAAGACACUAUAUGUGAAUAAAUCUUAAUUCAACCUCCUAAUACAAUGUCUAUCUACAUUGAGGUAGGCAACUGUCCUAUCCUUUGUCUCUCUUUACAAAGCAUUUAUUUAUGAAAUGGUCAUGGUAAAGGGAUGAAAAAGAUAUGUAGCAUGAGCUGAACGAACCAGAUCUGUAGGAGCUGUGGGAUCAGGAGCUGAAUGAGUUAGAGCCCAAGAAGCCAUAUGCAUUACAGGAAG